AUGUUUCAUUUGUUACAAUAUCAGUACAGGGAAAUGGUGUACGAAAGAUUUACAGAAUAUUUUAUUGUUUUAUUAAUUUUUGCAUUAUCUUUCACUAGUACUAGUGAAAGCAUAAUUGUUAAGAGUAAAGUUGGUCUUAUAAGAGGACUGAGAGCGCUUGAUGGAAACUAUUCGAUGUAUCUUGGGAUACCGUACGCCAGAGUCAACGAAUCUAAUCCGUUCGGGGAGUCUCUAGCUUACCCUCAUUUUGAAACGGAAUUUGAAGCAUUUAAUGAUACAGCAAUUUGUCCACAACAAGAAGAGUUCAAUUUAACUAUAGUCGGGAAUUUAGAUUGUCUGCAUUUGAAUAUUUAUGUACCGGACGCUGUAGCAAAGGCAGCAAAACUACCAGUACUCGUGAACAUUUUUGGAGGACAGGCUAGAAUUGGUUUCGCGGGAAGAUAUAUUUACGGGCCAAAAUAUUUGGUGGAGCAUGACAUAAUUUUCAUAACAUUUAACUAUAGAGUCGGACCCUAUGGUUUUUUUUGUCUUUCCACACCGGAGGUUUCAGGCAAUCAAGGCUAUAAGGAUCAGGUGAAAGCUUUAAGAUGGAUAAGAGACAAUAUUGAAGCAUUUGGAGGAGAUUCAAAUAAAAUAACUGUAAGUGGUCACAGCUCCGGAGCUACAAGUUUAGAUUAUAUUGUGCAUACUUUAAAUGACGAAAACCUAUUUGACAAAAUAAUUCUGCAAAGCGGUAAUGCAUAUAGUGCUACAAUAGAAAUCCGUGAACCUGAUGACGGUUUGCCGAUUAAACUAGCAAAUAAACUUGGCUAUAACGCAAGCAGUCUAGACGAUGCUCUACAUUACCUCACAAUCACCGAUCCAAAAUUAGUGAUCAAUGCAUCUGUGAGUCUCGAUCCACUUUACAGCACUUGUCUGGAAAAUACAUCAGACGACAUUCAAAAGAUUCCACCGGAUUAUCCAAUCAAUUUAAAAUUGCCAAUGAUUACGAAUUUGUCAAUUUUGAUUGGAAACACAAAUGCAGAAACGAUCUAUUUUUUCGAUCCUUUGUCGUCUGAUGAUAUGAAGAAACUUGAUCUUUUCAAACACCACCUGAAUCUCGAUCUUAAAGACGAGGUGUACAUGAAAGAAAUGGAAGAUAUCGUCUAUCAAUUUUAUUUUGGAGAAACUGAACAAUCUCUGUUAAGUAAAAAUGAGGCAAUGAAAUUUUCAGCAGAUUUUUACUAUAUUUAUUCGUCCAAAAUAACAUUGAAAAAGUAUUUAGAAGCCGGUGCUAAAAACGUGUAUUAUUUUAUAUUUUCGUACGACGGUGGUAGAAAUUUUGUUAAAUACAGAACUCACAUAUCUAGACCGGGCGCUAGUCAUGCCGACGAACAAGGAUAUCUUUAUGACAUGUCUAUAUUUAACACUACUCUUUCCGAAAAUGAUGCACUCAUGAUUAAACGCAUGACGACACUUUGGACAAAUUUCGUCAAAUACGGGAAUCCAACACCCGCAACGACAGAGCUCUUACCCUUGCAAUGGUUACCGUAUCAUCAGAGCACCGAGUUGUAUAUGAACAUUGAUCUGGAGAUGAGCUUGAGAACGGGACCGUACUUUAGGAGAAUGGCGUUUUGGGAUUUAUUCUUCGAUAUAAACGAAAAAUUCAUUAAGGGAGUGAAAUGAGUGACUUCCAAAAAUGUGAUGAACUUAGUAUACAAAUUGACAGAGAGAGAAGAGACAAGAGAAUUUGACAAGACUAUAUUCUCAACACUCGCGUUUUAUUUUAGUAUAACAACUAUUUAUUACGUGUGACUCGUUCACAAUGUUAUCGGAGAUUUCAUAAUAACAUUAUCGAUUUGUGGAUUUCCAAAGUUAAAUUCAUCCGAAUAAAUGACUCACAAAAUA